UUCGCUAACAACAGAUUUUGUCUCGAAUAUUAAGAUCCUAUCACAGUUGCACGCAGCAGGAUACGCCCCAACUGGUGGUAGAUCAUCGACCGUUUGUACUUGUUUAGGGUAUUACUAGGGCGAAAAUACAAACGUUUAUCGAUUAGCAUUAACAACAAAAAGCGAUAUGACGUGGUGAAAUGAGUACCUAUAUGAUAAUGGAGAACAUCAGCUUUACCAAUGAAACGAACAGUACAGGAGAGCUGCCUCACACCUUGAUGUUUAAUAAGGACUCCUUAAGAGAGGUGAUCCUGUACACGUUUCUCUUCCUGAUCGCUGCAGCAGGUAACGUGCCUGUUUUCGUAAGUCUCCUUAGAAACCGGCAGCGUAAGUCCCGGAUCAAGCUCAUGAUCCUCCAUCUUACCAUAGCGGAUUUGAUUGUCACCCUGUUCAUGAUUCCCCUGGAAAUCUUCUGGAGGGUCACUGUCGAGUGGAUGGCGGGAAACGUCAUGUGCAAGAUUUCUCUGGUCAUUCGGGCUUUCGGACCGUAUCUUUCGUCCAUGGUACUUGUGUGUAUAAGUGUUGACCGCUACUACGCCAUCCUCCACCCCUUGAAAGUGACCGACGCCCAUCGAAGGGGCAAAAUCAUGCUGACUUUAGCCUGGUUGGUGAGCUUCGUCUGCAGCCUUCCACAGAGUGUCGUGUUUCGAGUUCAGCAGCAUCCAGAGUAUCCCGAUUUUGAACAAUGUGUGAGCUUUGGUUUUUUUUCCGAGGUUGGGCAAGACAGAGCUUAUAACAUCUUCUGUAUUCUGGCUUUGUACCUUGUGCCACUGGCCAUCAUAAUCUUUUGUUACUCUCGCAUCCUGUGGGUUAUCUCCAGAAGAUCACGUGACAAUGAAGAUCAUCUCACGAGAGGGCAGCAGUAUAGAGGUCGGCUUCACCUACGCCGUUCCAACAUGACGCACAUUGAAAGGGCGCGAGCUCGCACACUCCGCAUGACCAUUACUAUUGUCUUGGCCUUUUUCUGGUGCUGGACCCCAUACGUUGUUAUCGUCUUGUGGUACCAGAUAGACCUUGACUCUGCUCAGAAGCUAGCAGCUGAGGUCCAAUCUGCUCUCUUCAUGUUCGCCGUUUCAAACUCUUGUGUCAACCCCCUGGUCUAUGGGAGCUACGCUUUCAACUUCAACAACGUCUUCAAGGUCUGCUGUUCCUCUGGUUCCGGUUGUCCAACGUACUUCUCUCGACGCUCAUUUCGACGAACACUUUCCUCCAACGUCACAAGAGCCACACACGUUGAAACUCGAGAAAAUGUUCCAAAACAGUGCACCAUCUUGACCCUGAAAGAAAAUGGUCAGCUAAUAACCUCCUCUCAAGCACUCAGUUCUUAUCAAUCCCGUGGCCAUCUCGGUCCACGUCCAGCACUCAAUAUAAACCGAGCGUCUUCAUGUUGUGCUAUUGAGAGAAGUUAUGUUUAAAUAAAAGUAAUCAACACGGUAGCAAGUGCCAAGUUAACCCUCCGAAAAGUGGUUGAACUUGAAAGUUUUAAGGAUUCAGGGUAUCUUGUACAACGUACCACUCAAUGUAUGCACUCCAAUCAGGCCAUUAUUACGAGUUCUUUCUUGCCAAAAGUAAGAAAUGGAAAAUCCGUGGAUAUUUUAGAAUUGAGCAAACAAUCUUAAACUUUCUCGUAUACAUAAUAUAACUUUAGGCAUUCAGUAAAUUUACCAAUUUACAAAAUGGGAUAUACUUUUAGACUGAAUUAUUUUGACAAAGUCAUAGAACAGUACUGUAAACCCAGUAAAUUCGUUACUUAUCGUUGUAAUAUUCACACACAUAGUUGAUAAGGUUGGUGGUAUAUAUUCACAUUCCAGUUUCUUCGACACAUUGUGCUGACAUUCAACCUCUUCAAUGGUACCUAUCAUCUACCAAUUUCUAAUAUUUACAUGUUGUUUCAUGUUCAACCAUGUGGUUUUAUUACCACAUCUUUCACUCUUGCAUGAGUAUUAGUACUAAUAAAA